UUUCAACUCGGAUCAUUUUAAACGGCGGACUGACGUAGUUCCGGUCUCUGUUGCAUGUGUCAUCUGGCGGCUUCUGGAAAAUCUGUGCGUGUUGUGUGGUCAGCGUCCAACACUAAAUCUACUUUGGUGGAAAUGGGAAAGAAAAGAGGAAAAGACAAGACCUCCAGAGAGGAGGAUGCAUUUGACCUGACAGUUCCAACCUGCAGACACAUCAAGAAGGGAACAGACCAAACUCUUCUGAAGAAACUCCCCAGUAUUUCUGAUUGGUCGAGGUGUCAGGAUUGUAAACAUGAGGACAAAGAAAAUAUCAACACCAGUGAAGAACAGGACUCUGAAGAGGACACAGAUGCAGGGGGGAUAUGGAUGUGUUUGAAAUGUGGCCACAGGGGUUGUGGAAGAAAUUCUGAGAAUCAGCAUGCCAUCAAACAUUAUGAGACUCCUCGAUCAGAUCCACACUGUCUGGUGGUCAGUUUAGACAGCUGGAGUGUGUGGUGUUACAUUUGUGACAAUGAGGUCCAGUACUCCAGAACAGGGCAGUUGGCACAGCUGUUGAGCAACAUGAAAAAGCAAACCUCGUCUGGUUCUAUAAGAAGACCAGAGAAAAGAGUAAAGGAGGAAAUAAAGGAGGAGGUGGAUCUGCUGGAGGCCGAACAGAAGACAGAAACUGUAAACACAAAGGAAAACGAGAACGAGGAGAACACUGAAAGCAAGAACAAUCAACAGAAGAACAUCAAAAAAGAGAUUGCUGGGAAACCUCCAAACCGCGACAUGACUGAAAACAACAUUGUUCCGGUAAAAGGGCUGAGCAACCUUGGAAACACUUGUUUCUUCAACGCAGUCAUUCAGAAUCUUUCACAGACUCAACUUUUGAGACAGAUUCUCAACGAAGUGACAAAAGAGAAAAUAAGUCUGGAGAUCAACCCUGGUGCCUCUUUAGAUUUGGAACCUUUACAAGUAGAGUUGGACCAGCCUGGAUCCCUUACUCUGGCUCUGUGUAAACUACUCAAUGAAAUCCAGGAAUCCAUAAAGGGGGUGGUAACACCACGGGACUUAUUCACACAAGUUUGCAAAAAGGCUGCCAGGUUUAAGGGGUUUCAGCAGCAGGACAGCCAGGAGCUGCUGCGCUACCUUCUGGAUGGGAUGAGAGCCGAGGAACUUAAGAGAGUAAGCACAGGAGUGAUGGAGACAUUGAAACAAUCCAAAAAGGGCGCAGAUGGAGAGCAGCUCAAAGCUCUAGCAAAAGAUUACGAGAAAAAUGGACUCCCCAAAAACUUUGUUGACCAGGUUUUCGGAGGGGAAAUGAUGAGUACUAUAAUGUGUCAGCAGUGCAGAACGGUGUCUGUAGUCACAGAGAUGUUUUUGGAUCUCUCCCUUCCAGUUUCUAAUGAGGCGUACGGAAAGAAAAACCCAAAGAAAGUUCCUGAGAAGACCAGCGAGUCGAGUCCAGAGGGCAGAAUCAGCCCUGACUUCAUCAGCGGGAGUGAUGGCGUCCCAACUGGCGUCGGCAGCAAAUACCAGCAGAAAAAAGCUAAAAAGCAGGCUAAGAAACAAUCUAAGCAUCAAAAAAGGCAGCAGAAGCUUGAUGGCAGAGCGACAUUGGAUUCCUUGACAUCUCCUAGUCGAGCGGAUAAGGAUAUGGAUGUGAGGGAAAAUGAAACCGCCGACUGUGAACAACAUGAAAACCCCUCAGUGAUGAAUGAACAAAGUCUUGUUUCAGCCGGUUUACCCGAACAGGAUCAGAAUGCCGAGCUAGAAAACGAGAAAGACGAAGAUUCAGCAGCUGACUGCGACUCGUCUGCAGCACCAUCGCCGGUCGACAAUCGUUUCACCGUCUUGUCCGAAGAGCAGCACUCUCAGGACAGCAGCAGCAGCUUGUGUAAUGGCAUUUCCACCAUGGAGCUGGUAGAGGAUGAGGAGGACGACGCAACGUUGGUUCAUAAAAUGCAGCAGGUGGCCUUGGAUGAUGCUUUCAUCGAAGACUCCGAUGCGAUGGAGCAGAGCACAGAGAGCGGAGAUGAUGUGCUGGAAGCCAAAGUGUACACCGUAAUAAACCAAGACCCGGAGCUGGCCUUCAACACCCUGGCUGCCAGAACCGUCCCAGAGAGGCAGGAAUGUUCGGUGCAAUCGUGUCUUUUUCAGUUCACAGAGGUGGAAACUCUCACGCAGAACAACAGCCUGCUGUGUGUCGCCUGUAGCAAACAGCUGCUGAGGAAAGCUGGAGGAUCCAAGAAAAACGUCUACACGGAUGCCUUGAAGCAAAUGUUAAUUUCCUCUCCCCCAGCUGUCCUCACCCUUCAUUUGAAAAGAUUUCAACAGAGUGGAUACAGCAUUUGUAAAGUAAACCGACACGUCAACUUCCCGAUGGUUCUUGAUCUCGCUUCUUAUUGUGCAGCCAAAUGCAAGAAUAUUUCAGAAGGAGAUAGUCAGAUUUUGUACAGUUUGUAUGGAAUCGUAGAGCACAGCGGAACAAUGAGGUCUGGUCAUUACACAGCAUAUAUAAAAGUUCGACCUGAACGUCUUAAAACGACAUCUAACGGGAUUGCUACAGAAGGAGAUCCAGAACCGCCCAAAGGAUCCUGGUUCCACGUCAGUGACACAAGUGUCCAGCCUGUCAGUGAGAGCAAAGUCCUGAGCAGCCAAGCCUACCUCCUCUUCUACGAAAGACUCGUCUAACUACUCGUGGACUUGGGUACAAUCAAAUUAAUCAACCAAACUUCCAACAAAUCAACGUUUUGCUUCUGCCCCACAACACAGGGGACCUUACCAGGGCUUUAGUAAAAUUCUGCAGAUUUUACUCGAGACAUUUGAGAUUGUAAACCUCUUCUCUUUUUAUUUUGAAUGACACAAAUGUUACAAGUGGAAAAUGAGCUAUCUAAGAUUCAUGGGAAACUGGCAGUUUGUGCAAAUUUCAUAGAUUGUCUCAACAGAAAAUAAACAUCUGGCAACAGUUAUUUGUAAGAUGUAUUAAAAUGUGUGUGUAUA